GAUCGUCCCGGGCAUCCUCCAGUUUUUUGACUCAUCGUCCUGCUUGUCUGAGCCGCAGGUGUUGUGCAGAUGGACGAGAGAUGUGACCAGUUCUUCAGCGAUGCCCAAUCACUGACCCAGCAGGCGACAGUGCUCAACAGCAAGGUCUCCAAGGACCUCGGCAAGCUGCGGCGCUUCCUAAUGAAGAACCAGGAGCACCGCUUCACUCCCAAGGCGCAGCAGCGGCUGUUCGAUACUAUUGGAAUCUAUGUCACCUGGGUCAAGAGGACCGAGAUGGGCGCAGGUAAUGAGGAUUCCGUGUCAGCCGUGCUGGAUGUGGUCAAGGACGCGCUGGCCAUGCCCUUCACAGGUGGGUGGGUGCGACGGGCAAGGAAGCACCAGAUGGAACAGAGAGAGUUCUCCCUUUCAUUCGGUUUGUCUGGUCUGUCCUGUCUGUCAUGCAGUGUUUGGCACAAAGCACAAGACCACACUGCUCCAGUGGCACGACCAUCUCACCGCAGCAAUAGCCGACCGUCCUGGCGGAUCCGGUGGCGACGGGACGGAAGACGCGGCGCAAGAGUAUCAAGCGCUGAGCCUGGAUGAGGGAGGCCAGUGCGUGACGGUGUGGGACGAGUCUGCAGAGGCGACGCUCGAGGGGAUAAAUGUGCGGGACGAGGCCAUGCGGGGGCGGGUGAAGGUUGGGAUUGACGAGGGGAAGAUGGUCCAUGUGCGAGUGGGGCUUAAGGACAGAACAGUGCUGAGUGUGAGGGUGGAGGAGGGGGACUGACUAGCCUGGUCAGUGAGUGAGAUUAGAUUGCCAGGGAGAAAGGCAAUUGAUCAACAUUUAGUGAAUGC